UCGUACAACCUCCCUACAUCUCUUUGCAUUAGAUCCCAUAAACCCGAUUCAGGAAGAAAGAAAAUGGGCAGCAUUGACAUUGUUAAGGUUGCUAUUGUAUUGUGUUUGUGUGUAACUGUUGGGACUUGCCAUGCUAGAGAAGGCAAGCAUUUGAGAUAUGGCAAAGGUGGCGGCCGUCACCACCUCUCGUCAGAAGGCCUUACAAGUAAAAGUGAAAAGAGUCAUGGCCACCACAAACCACCACCUAAGGGCCAUUCUCCGCCAAAGCCACCUUCACCGCCCGCUCCGACACCAGCGCCAUUGGGCAGUAAGAACUCGACAGUCUUCAAUGUGCUAGACUUUGGUGCUAAGGGUGAUGGGCAUUCAGACGAUAGCAAGGCAUUCCUAGCAGCAUGGGCUGCAGCUUGUAAGGUGGAGGCCUCAACUGUGCUCAUACCGUCAGGCUCCGAUUUCCUUGUCAAUCCUGUUUCUUUCACGGGGCCUGACUGCAAACCAGAUAUCGUGUUUCAGUUGGACGGGAAGAUAAUUGCUCCUACGAGCUCGAGUGCGUGGAGAAAGGGUAUCUUACAUUGGAUCGAAUUCACGAAGCUGAGCAGGAUGACAAUCACAGGAAAGGGUAUCAUGGACGGGCGAGGCUCGGUCUGGUGGAACGAUGUCGCCAGUUAUAACUUAGAUCAAGAAGAUAGAACCAAUUCAAGCCUUGGCUUAGUUGUUGAUGCAGAGCUCGAUAAAAUGCCAAACACCAAGCCAACGGCGCUUCAGUUUUAUGGGAGUGAUCAGGUGACCGUCACAGGUAUCACGAUACAGAACAGCCCUCAGAUGCACCUCACGUUCGACGCGUGCACAAAUCUCAUUGUUUUCGGCAUUCAAAUUUCGUCCCCAGGGGACAGUCCCAACACAGACGGGAUCCACCUGCAUAAUUCGCAAAACGUGCUCAUUCAUGACGUAGAUCUUGCUUGCGGUGAUGACUGUAUCUCCAUACAAACCGGAAGCUCGAGCAUAUACAUCCACGACGUGAACUGUGGGCCGGGACACGGCAUCAGCAUUGGAGGACUCGGAAAGGACAACACCCAAGCAUGCGUCUCAAAUGUCACCGUCCGAAAUGCAGCUAUAAGCAAUGCGAUGACUGGCGUGAGAAUAAAGACAUGGCAGGGAGCCUCAGGCUCAGCUCAGAACAUCAUCUUCUCAAACAUCCAGGUCUCGGAAGUUCAGACCCCGAUCAUGAUCGACCAAUACUACUGCGACCAUGCCAAGUGCAAGAACCAGACGUCAGCCAUGGCGGUCUCAGGCAUAACCUAUGGGGACAUACGAGGAACAUACACUGUCCAACCCGUCCGCUUAGCCUGCAGCGAUAGCGUCCCAUGCACAGGAAUAUCCCUCUCGAGCAUUCAGCUCAAGCCGGUCCACUCGACCCACCAUUUAUACAAUGCACUCUGCUGGAAUGCACACGGGGAAGUGAAAACUGACACCAAUCCUCCGCUGAUCGACUGCCUGAGCAAAGGCAACCCCGCCAAAGUUCCAUCGAAGAUAAGUUCGUGCUGAAGACAGUCAUGCUCGCAGCAUUCGGAGUCGUGUACAUACGCAUUAUAAGAAGGGUCCUCAUCAUUUGUUGUAGACAAAAUAGAAAGUUACCAAAACUAGAAAGAUUAUAUUAGCUAGGGAUGCUUUCAUUCUUCUUGCAACGAAUUGGCAUUCUUAGGGAGGCCGUGUACUGCAUAAAUUAUUGUCCGACUAUUUAUCGUCGUUAGUCCGACUCAUUUCCAUACCGUGUAAUGAAAUUUGGCCUCGAGUACUAUACUGUGUCACAUCAAAUUGAAAUAUACAUUUUCAAUAGGGUUAUAUUU